GUAAACAUGACCCCUUUUCUGAAGCUUACGUCGCAGCCGCUUUCACCAUUCCUACAGGGACUUGGUCGAAUACUCGGAAAGGGUCUCAGACAUGCAGCUGCGCGCGGGGUCACGACAAUCCCUUUGUUGAUGUUGUCAUAACAACUGUAAGGCGCACCCUGUGCCUGACUUGUCGACCAUGCGCCUUUCCAACUCAUGCAUUCUUCUUCAUGAACAUGUUCUAGACUCUCAAAGGUCUUUUCCCAUCAAAUUUACCUUCGAUAAUUCGUAUUUAUAAAUCUAUAUAUACACUUUGAGCCUCCUUCCCCACUAUGGUGUUGGGGAUAAUCACAUCCAUCGCAGCAUGUCCGGCGAUCAUUGGGACAACUGAAGCAGUUCGCUCAGGACAAAAGCAAAAUGCUCGAGAACGGCACAGAAGUCGCAAGGCGAAUCUCCUCGUCACCUGCAAUGAUCCCUCACGGAAAAGUCGCGACAUACAUGGAGGAACAGUCGUUUUGCGGAACAAGAAGGUAUACGUGACGAACGUGAACCCGAAGUCAAAAUUCCUACCCGACGAAGGAGAAGACAACGUAGAAGAGCAAGGCCACCAGCUAGCAGGAUACUUCUUCCCCUACCCCGAGUCCAAAUGGGGCCGAAGAGGCGAUGGAUAUGUCUCGACCAUUCAAGACGAUCCGCCGCAACUCAACUGGAUAUACGUGGACAAAGACACAUACGAAGUGAAAUAUGGGCUAAAGGUGGAAGCACAAGGACAUCAUGUUGGACCGUGGAAUGUCACGCCGAUUGACAGACGGCUGAACUUUGAUGGGUGGGAAGGAUUUACAGUCGUCGAGGAGAAGGAGGGCGAGUGGGCGUUGUACUUUGAUAUGGAUGAUGAUGGAUUACAAGAGAAGGUGCCGCUGGACAAGAGGAUAAUGGAGAUAGAGUUGACGAGGAAAGAGCUGCGGAUGCAGAAGGGGGAUCCGAUUCUAUGAUGAACUUGACAACGAACGGCGUUCAGGAAGGGUGGGACUUGGGUUUGUCGAGCUCUGGAGUCUUUACGGAAUUGUUUUCAGCAUAGUAUAGCAUCCACAAAAUGACAAGAUACGAAAUAUUACUCGCGAUUCCUUGAGCACCAAAAUUUCAAAGCUCGAGUGUUGCACUUUCCAC